CGCAUGGCGCAGAACCUGCGCCACGCCGUCACCUUCGUGGAGCAGGGCCACGUCCGCGUGGGGCCCGAGGUGGUGACCGACCCCGCCGUCCUCAUCCCCCGCGCCGUGGAGGACUUCAUCACCUGGGUGGACGCCUCUCGCCUCCGGCAGAAGGUGCUUGACUACAACCAGGAGCGCGACGACUUCGACCUGGCCGCUUAG